CCAAAUUGAUGUGAUUUGUAUAGUUUAGUAAAAAUCCAUUUUUUAUAUGGCUUGCAAACUUUUCUCUUAUUUUCUUGCAUUCUGGAGUCUCUUGGGUUCAUUGGGAGUGAGGAGGACUUGAAGGGGUUAUCCUUUGAUUGUGGAAAGUGACUUCUCGUUGCAUUCUGUGGUGCAUUUGAAAGGAGGGAAUAAGUGAGCUCUUGAUAUAAUAAAGCUCUCUGUUGAUUAACUUAAAAAAAGUGUUUGACAUGUCCUUAUUUUUGUGGGUUAGGGGGCUCAGAGACUCUCAAAGGGAUGACUGUUUUUGAACUUUUUGAGUACUCUUUAACUUUUGAAUAAUUGUCUUUUAUUGUGCACCUCAAAUAAACUUGUACUUGGGGUCUGCUCCUUUUGGUCCAAUUUAUUUGAUUUGGCUAUCUCGAGAGGAAAAAAAGUUAAUCACAUCCUUACAUCUUUUCUUGAUGAAACAAAAACCUAAGAGGGCAUGGUUUAUCAUUUCAACAUGCAUGAUUCUGGUAUUAAAAUGGUUAUAUAGUGAAGCUCAUCUGCAUAUCUUCCCUUUUUCUUUUCUUUUUUCUUUUUGGUUUUGGUUCUUCUUCUGGUGAAUAGGAACUUAAUGUUAGUGCUUUCUAUUUUUUCCAUACUAGUCUUAAAUGUCAAAUCUUUCUUUGGAUGCCUAAAGCCUCUUGUUUUCAUCCAAACCCUUUAUUUUGAAGGGGGGUAAUGGGCUUGGUGUAUGGCCAGGCAUGAGGCAACUGUGCCUUAGAAAAAGUCUUUUGUAUGGACUCAUGCGCCUUUUAUCAACACCAUUCAAAACUUUGCGCACAGCUGGUCGCACACUCAAAGUUGCGCAAUUUUGCAGUGUUUCCAAUACGUCUUCCACAUUGCAAAUUGAAUUGGUACCAUGUCUGAAGGACAACUAUGCAUAUCUUUUACAUGACGUCGAUACAGGCACAGUUGGAGUUGUUGAUCCUUCUGAAGCCGUACCUGUUAUAGAUGCCCUGAGUAGGAAAAACCGAAACCUAACCUAUAUCCUGAACACUCAUCACCAUUUUGAUCACACUGGUGGGAAUGCUGAGUUAAAAGCAAGGUAUGGUGCAAAGGUAAUUGGUUCUGGAAUAGACAAGGAUCGAAUUCCUGGAAUUGAUAUAGUUUUGAAAGAUGGAGACAAGUGGAUGUUUGCAGGCCAUGAGGUGGUUGUAAUUGAAACUCCUGGUCAUACCCGAGGCCACAUUAGCUUCUACUUUCCGGGAUCAGGGGCAAUUUUUACAGGGGAUACUUUGUUCAGUCUAUCAUGUGGCAAACUUUUCGAAGGAACUCCUGAGCAGAUGCAUUCUUCCCUUAGUAAGAUUAUGUCUUUGCCAGACGAAACAAAUAUCUAUUGUGGUCAUGAAUAUACAUUGAGCAAUUCAAAGUUCGCAUUAUCUAUCGAACCCAAGAAUGAGGUCCUCCAGUCCUAUGCCACCCAUGUUGCCCAUCUCCGUAGUAAGGGCUUGCCAACGAUCCCAACUACACUGAAGAUGGAAAAGAUGUGCAACCCAUUCCUUCGCACUUCAAGCCCAGAAAUACGGAAAUCGUUAAAGAUUACAGCCACAGCAGAUGACUCAGAAGCCCUGGGGAUCAUCCGUGAAGCAAAGGACAACUUUUAAGAUCAUCAUCAUCAUACCUUGUUCUUGAUUUUGUAUAGGAGGGGUGAUCUCUUUCGCAUGUGAAAUAAAGACCACCAAUAUUUUGAUGAUAUCAAUUUUUUGUUUUUUCCUCUGUUUUGAACAUUUUUUUUUAGUUUUCUUAGAUGUUUCUUUAAGCUAAACUGAACAUGUUGAUUGCCAAAAGCAAAAGUGGCAAAUGCAAUGAUAUCAAGAAAUGGUUGUGAUAUUUGGAAAAACCCUAACAGAUGAUCUUUAACAUUUUUGGGCGCCAUUGAUGAAAAGUGUGUUCAUCCUGGUUGAGUUGGACUCUGGAUAUAAGGGAAUCUGCAUAACAAUGGCAAUUUCAUGAUUUACUUUCA